CUGGAGUUCAUUAGAACUCUGGAACUGGAAGGCGAGCUAUAGACCACGCUAUGUCGAGAAUAGCACAAUAUUAGGUCGCAGCUGAACGAAUCCCUCUUAAUUUUAAUUUAAAUCUCUAUAACGAUUUAUUUUUUCGUUGAUUUAUUCCAAAUUAUCGAUAUCAACAUCUAAAACAAACUAUUGAGAUCAGCACUCGUAUAGCACCAUCUUUUUAUCAAUCUCAUACUACAGAAUUAUUUUACAAAAGAGGGAAGUGGGAAGUGUCAAUAUGGUUAUGCAACUACCGCAGAUUUUUGCUACUGAUAUCCGAAAAUUUUUUACGCUGAAAAAAAUGAUUUACAUCUAAUAUCUUCAAGAGUUUCAAUAUCUCAGGUAAGUCAAUAUUUUCUUAUUCACUUAUCAAUUGUUUUUCGUCAGCUUUCCAUUAAACUUCCACAAUAGAAAAGAUUACUUAUCUAAAGAUAAAGUAGAGAUGGUAUUAAUUUGAAAAUAUAUAUUUUAUUCUUUGCAGCCGUGUUCCUGUAGGUCUACAGCUUACCUGUUUUCCAAGAGAUUAAGUACGCUCUUCGAGUCUUUGAAUAAAAAUUUCAUGUUAGAUAGCUGACAGUGAUAUUUCGAGUGUGUUAUGGCAAUGUUGCUUAGGACUAAAAAAACCAAAAUCGUACUUUGUGUUAAAAUUUUCGCGUUUUUGUCUGUGACAAUAUUUUAUUCGUUGUUGAAUGUCUUCAGUGAAGAUAAUAAUGGAGAGAAUCUACGUGCAUCACGUCACUUGUUAGCCACAACUGGUCAAAACUGUACACCAGCAGCGAUUUUUGACUUUCCUCCUGAUGGUUUCACAAGACAACAAAGACAGCAAGGAUGGAUACUGGUCCAUGCAGCCAUAGCAACUUAUUUAUUUAUUCUACUAGCUAUAGUGUGCGAUGACUAUUUUGUUCCUGCUAUAAAGAAAUUUUGUGAUACAAUUUUUUUUGGAGGUUUGGAAAUGUCCGAAGAUAUUGCUGGAGCCACUUUCAUGGCAACUGCAAGUUCUAGUCCUGAAUUAUUUAUAAAUUGCGUUGGUACUUUCGUGACUGAAGGUGAUUUGGGAGUUGGAACAAUAGUAGGAUCGGCAGUAUUCAACAUACUGGCAGUACCAGCAUGCUGUGGACUUUUUGCGAAUAUGGUGAUGGACUUAGACUGGUGGCCUAUAACACGUGAUAGUAUUAUUUAUGGAACAGCAGUAAUUCUUCUGAUAUCAGUAUUACAAGAUGGAAGAGUUUAUGUUUAUGAGGCUCUCACUUUAGUUCUUUUUUACAUACUCUAUAUAUUCAUAAUGUACUUCAAUGGAAGCAUAAGCGCCUUGGCAACGAGGGCGCUGAGAAAAAUCAAAAGGAAAAGACGUUACACAGAAGUAUUGCGGGAAACAGAACCACUUCUAGCCAAAAAUGGAAAGACGGGCUCCAAAUGCAACAUAGCGAAUUGUGUCUGUGAGGCAGAUAUUUCCUUAAAAGACUGCGAGGAACUAGAGGAAUCAACAAAUAUAUGGGAAUGGCCCACAGAAGAAUCUGCUUCCGGAAAAUGUUGGUGGAUAUUCACCUGGCCAAUUUCAUUCAUUCUCUACCUGACAACACCUGAUUGUAGAAAAUAUCCGAGACUAUUUGUUUUUACAUUUCUGAUGUGCAUUAUUUGGAUUGGAAUAACGUCAUACGUUGUUGCAUGGUUGAUAACAGUUGUAGGGGAUACUCUAAACAUUCCAGAUUCAGUAAUGGGCUUGACCUUUUUGGCAGCUGGUACUAGUGUACCUGAAGCGGUUUCUAGUGUGAUUGUCACAAAUCAAGGUCAUGGUGCAAUGGGAAUCAGCAGUUCAAUUGGAUCAAAUACCUUUGAUAUUUUACUAUGCCUUGGUAUUCCAUGGUUCAUCAAAACAGCUUUCUAUCCAACGUAUCCUGAUCGUCACUGGAUACAAAUAAACUCUUCUGGCAUAACUUACAGUGCUGUGUCACUACUAUCAACUCUGGUUCUGUUUUAUGGUGGACUCUAUUUGAAUAAAUUCAGACUGGAUUGGAAGAUUGGAUUAGGCUGCCUUGCUUUAUAUGGAGGAUUUUUAACCAUGGCUUCCCUCAUUGAACUCAAUGUAUUCUUCCCAGUGAACCUGCCUACAUGUGACCGGUAGAGAAGAGAAAAUAAUUGUGUAUAUUUUAGUGUGUUUUUUAUCCAUUUAAAAGCGAUUUUUGCUGUGUAAAUAAAUUGUUAAAUUACCUAGAUUA